GUUUUGAUGUGAGUGAAAGAUGUGAGAGAGGUGAAUGUUGUGUUGAUUAUUUUUGUGUUUAUUAAUUAGAUGUCUGCCAAAUCUACAAUAUGAGUAGAUUUAGGUUUCCUGUGAAACGAACUCAUGUUUCGUUGUUCUGUACUCAUGGAACAACAAACAACAGUAGUCGAUUGUUUUAUUCAGGAGCAGGUUGUAGUAGAUUAUGGUUUCUACCCGAAACGCGUCGGCUCAAUUUACAAGCUGUUCGUAACCUUUCAUGCUCUUCAGCUGCAUUUCAAAUAAAGCCUCCAGCGGAAUCUGUUGUAGAUAUUUUCGACCGAGAGGCGAAACUAUAUCAGCGCCAGAGAGCAGCCCUGGCCGCUGAUGUUGAGUUGUACGACUAUCUGAAGGAAGAAGUUGGCUACAGACUGGCAGAUCGUAUAUUCGACAUCAAGAGAAAAUUCAACUGUGCUGUUGAUUUGGGUUGUGGCCGUGGAUAUGUAUCAAGGCACGUUCUUGGCGAUGCUGUUGAGCGACUAAUUUUAUGUGACAUGUGCCCAACUUGGCUCGACCAAGCAGUUCUUCCAGAAAGUGUGGAAGUUGAACGAAAGAUAGUCGAUGAAGAGAAAUUACCAUUUCAGCCAAAUUCAGUCGAUUUAGUUAUUAGCUCAUUAAGUCUCCAUUGGGUGAAUGACUUGCCUGGUACUUUUCACCAAAUAUUAACAUGUCUCAAAAAUGAUGGUGUAUUGAUUGCCGCUUUAUUUGGAGGUGACACAUUGUUUGAACUUCGUUCAUCACUACAGUUAGCUGAACUGGAAAGACACGGGGGACUUUCUCCACAUAUUUCGCCAUUCACAGAAAUUCGUGACAUAGGCAGCUUACUAACAAGAGCUGGAUUUACAAUGUUGACUAUUGACACUGAUGAAAUAGUUGUAAAUUACCCAUCUAUGUUUGAACUAAUGUGGGAUUUGAAGGGAAUGGGAGAAAAUAAUGCCGCUCGUAACCGGAAACUUAAUUUGCGUCGUGAUACUAUGGUAGCAGCUGCGGCGAUUUACAAGGAACUGUAUGGUAAACAUAAAGACGAUGGAACAUCAUCAGUUCCAGCGACGUUUCAGAUCAUUUAUAUGUUAGGAUGGAAGCCAGAUGCUUCUCAGCCAAAACCAUUGGACAGAGGAACUGGCGAAGUUUCUCUCAGGGACCUUUAUAGAUUAGAUGAGAUUAUAGCAGAAACCAAAAAAGUUCAAAUAGAUCCAGAGAAAGAUAUUGAUAGGAAGUAAUGCUUUGUUUCAUACAUGACUGUUCUGAUUUUCUGCAGCUGUACAGCUAAGAGAGUUCGUGUAUCAAACAUAGUCACAUUUUAUUCAGGAGUGUAUCGAAAUGCACAUUGAAAUGAUCAAAGAUAUGUUUGUUGCCAUUGUAACUAGUCUUUAUGUAAUGAGCAGUAUUUCUCUGCCAUUUUUUGUGUUUCACUAAUUGUGUUAGGCCUAUCAAAAUCCUGCAGUCAACCUUUUUAUAAUAAACAAGCAGGGAUGAUAGCUUGAAAAAAAAAAAAAUUGGUGGAUGCCUGCAUGGUGCUUUCAUUUUGUAUCUUAAAGUGUUAUAUA